UUUGUCUACCUCGCCAACUUGGGAUCUUGUUUGGUUGCUGAGAUGCUGAGAACAGCCCAGGGAUAGAAAGGCCGCCGGGUUGACUGAACCCGAAACCACUCUGCGAGGAAUGAGUGACCUUGGAGAAGUCGCCCACCUCCGACAUUUCCAUUCCUUCCUCAAACAUUUUGUUGCCACAUACUGUGGAUUAGGCAGUACAUGGGGUCUGUAAACCUAGAGGUACAGAAGCAUCCUGUUUGGCUGGGUUUUCUCUUAAUCUGUUGCUUAAGAAUACACCAAAUAUCACAUCUUUACACCAGUGUAGAUUAUUUCAUACCACGUUGUCAAGGAAAGGACUAGAAGAAUUUUUUGAUGACCCAAAGAAUUGGGGGCAAGAAAAAGUGAAAUCUGGAGCUUCAUGGACCUGUCAGCAAUUAAGGAACAAAAGUAAUGAAGAUUUACAUAAACUUUGGUAUGUCCUCCUGAAAGAAAGGAACAUGCUGCUAACUCUAGAGCAGGAAGCCAAGCGGCAGAUAUUGCCAAUGCCAAGCCCCGAGCGGUUAGAAAAGGUAGUAGAAUCUAUGGAUGCAUUAGAUAAAGUUGUCCAGGAAAGGGAAGAUGCCCUAAGACUCCUUCAGACCGGUCAAGAAAAAGCUAGACCUGGUGCUUGGAGAAGAGACAUCUUUGGAAGAGUCAUCUGGCACAAGUUCAAGCAGUGGCCUAUACCUUGGUACCUAAAUAAAAAAUACAAUAGAAAACGGUUCUUUGCAAUGCCCUAUGUGGAACGUUUUGACAGACUGAAACGUGAGAAACAAGCCCGCAUCCAAGCAAGGAAGAAAAGUUUAGAGAAAAAGAAAGAAAAACUUCUUCGGGAAAAGUUUCCACAUCUUUCUGAAGCCCAGAAGUCAAGUCUUAUUUAAGAUGUCUGAACUCUUAAUUUACCAAUUUUUUCUUGGAUAACAGUCUGUAUAUGAAAGUAACUAUUUGUUAAGUUGUUAAUAAAGAAAUUGUGUUUCUAAACAUC